GUAAAAGCGGCGCGCGGUGCGUCGCCUCGUACUUGCGCAGUGCUUCGCACCGUGUUUUCAUUUCGUGUUUUUGUCUCACUUCGCCUCGUCAACGAGUGACACUGACGUGAGGGAGGAGAAAGUUUGGUGGGUUGUUAUUUUUUGGGGGGGCUUUCUCCGAGCUUCGCCGUCGUCCCCCUUUCUUUCACCAUGGAGGCGCGGGCGCACUUCUCCCGGGAGGAGAUCAACAGCACGGUGUGGGAAGUGCCGGAGAAAUUCACGCGGCUCAAGCAGAUCGGCACCGGGGCGUACGGCUCGGUGUGCUCGACAAUAAAUGAGAAGACUGCGGAGAAAGUGGCCAUCAAGAAGCUCCACAGGCCCUUCCAGUCCGAGAUCUUCGCUAAGAGGGCCUACAGAGAGCUGCGGCUGCUCAAACACAUGAAGCAUGAAAAUGUGAUAGGACUCCUGGAUGUGUUUACACCUGCCUCAGGCUUCGACGACUUCCAGGACUUCUACCUGGUGAUGCCCUACAUGUUCACUGACCUGUCAAAGGUGCGAGGUCACCUCUCCGAAGACAAAGUCAAGUUCCUCGUCUACCAGAUGCUCUGUGGACUCAGGUACAUUCACAAGGCUGGAAUCAUCCACAGGGACCUGAAGCCUGGAAACUUGGCAGUAAACCAAGACUGUGAGCUGAAGAUCCUGGACUUUGGCCUGGCUCGCGGUGCUGAUGCUGAGAUGACGGGCUACGUGGUGACCCGUUGGUACCGGGCACCUGAGGUCAUUCUGAACUGGAUGCACUACACCCAGACUGUGGACCUCUGGUCCGUGGGCUGUAUCAUGGCAGAGAUGAUCAAUGGAAAGACUCUUUUCAAAGGAAAAGACUACAUGGACCAGCUGACUCAGAUCAUGAAAGUGACUGGAGUGCCCGGACCAGAGUUCGUACAGAAGCUGGACAGUCCAGAGGCCAGAAAUUAUGUGAAGGCCCUCCCACGUUAUCCCAGAAAAGACUUCUCAACGUUGUUCCCCCGAGCGAGUGCAAACGGCAUCGACCUGCUGGAGAAGAUGCUGGUUCUGGACGGAGACGAGAGGCUCACGGCGGAGCUGGCUCUGGAGCACCCGUACUUCGACGGCCUCAGGGAUCCAGAUGACUUCCCCGAGCCUGCCCCAUACGAUGACAGCCAUGACAACGCUGCGUUGACCCUGGAUGAGUGGAAGCGGUUAUGUUUCAAAGAGGUGAAAAGCUUUGUGCCGUUCCCACGGAGGGACUCCAAGAGGAGAAACACUCUGACUAUGUCUUCGUGACCUGAUGAUUUCAUGCCAACUUCAACCAACACACAAUACAGCCACCGGUGCCCUUGUAUAUUCUAACCAUGGAACCACUCUGAUGCUUUUUGCCUGGCUAUGUGUAGAUUUUUAAAUGAAAGUUCAGAAGAGUGAUAAUUUACCUUUUUAUUGUUUUGUAAUGUGCAAUUAUUUCCUUAACGUAGAUUGCUCUUUGUGUCACACGUUCCCUAUCAGUGAAUCGUCUUGCAACUUUAUUGUGACCAAAUUAAACUGUUAGACUCCAUAGCCAACCCAAAUAUGUUUGUUCAUAUAAAUGAAUGCAGUCUUGAGGUGAAAGUUGUGUCUCUCUGUGUUAAUAAGAAGCCAUGGGGUUUGUAUUUCACAUUUACUAUGAAUGCGCAAUUUGUAACUAUUUUUUGUUGAAAAAUGUGACCAUGACCGUGAGUAUAAAGCUGAAAGCAACUGUAGCGCUUUAAUUCAUGUCUCUGUUUUGAGCACUCGUGGUUCCAUACUUCAAUACUGUAGUGUCUGCCAUGUGGUAUUCAGAGGCCGCUGUGUUACGUAUGAUAUUUUUACAAAAGUUUAUUCAACAGAGGUAAGGUCAUUCUGUUUAAAUCAUUGUGUCAUCUCUAUUUGAAAGGGGAGCGGGGACAUGACAUCUCGCUGCCAAUGAAACUGAUGUUAAAUCAUGUGAUAUUUAAACAUGU